UCUUUACAAACUACUUGUUGUUGUUUCCCUGUGUUUGCUCUUCUAGCCUGCACAGAUCUAGAAGCCGCGGCGCCUUGAAGUCCCGCGAUAUUAUGAAGUCUCGUUAGCCCCCGCGCUCAGAGCCCUUCGAUGGAGGAGGAGGUAGCCAUGUUGUAGCUGCGGAGAACAGCGACGGCGGCGCAGAGAGACACAAACACACCGGAAGAUUCGCUCUAGAAUCGGUUCUGCUCACCGUGCGGUUCGGAGGGACCGUCUGUUCUGUUCCCUGUCUGGAGCGCCGGGCUGAAGGGAGGCACCAUGAGCGGCGGGACGCCUUAUCUGGGCAGCAAAAUCAGCCUGAUCUCGAAGGCCGAGAUCCGCUACGAAGGAAUCCUGUACACCAUCGACACGGAGAACUCCACCGUGGCUCUGGCUAAAGUCCGGUCCUUCGGCACCGAGGAUCGCCCGACCGACCGACCCAUCCCUCCUCGAGACGACACCUUCGAGUACAUCAUCUUCAGAGGCAGCGACAUCAAGGACCUGACGGUGUGCGAGCCGCCAAAACCGACAUGUUCUCUGCCUCAGGACCCCGCUAUAGUCCAGUCGUCCAUGAGCUCCAGCUCCUCGUCGGCCGUGGCCUCGGCUCCGACUCCCUUCCAAUCUGGUUCUUAUGGACUCUUUAACCGAGCUCCGGUUCCUGCCUACAACCAGUUCACCACCAGCCCCCUGGUCUCGCCCCAGUUUGGACCCGUCGGUGUCGGCCGCAGCAGCCCCAGUCUGGACCCGCUGAGGAAGAGCCCGACCCUGGAGCAGGUGAUCCAGAACGCCCCGUCGGCCCCGGCCUCCGCCUCCACGGCGCCGGCCCCCGGUCUGGGACGCAGGAGCCCCGCCCACGGCCGCACAGCGCCCCCCGGCGGCGGUCCGAGCGGGCAGAAGGUGACGCAGCAGGACGGCGUGGACACGAGGAGGGGUGAGGCGGUCCGGGGCUGGUCCGCACCGAGAACCAUCUCUGCUGUAGACCGGGCUGCAGGGCUGCCACACUCCCUGUUCAGCCAAUCAGGCUCAGACGUCCAGAAAGUCCCCAAACCAGAGAGCGAUCAGGGCCGAGGAGAAGGCAGGGAGUCCAGUAAACGAGCCCCAGCCGCCGGAGCGCCAGCCAACCGCCGCGGUCGGGGAGGAGGCCACCGCGGCCGAGGACGCUUCAACGUCCGCCGAGACGGGCCCGUGAAGUUCGAGAAAGACUUUGACUUCGAGAGCGCCAACGCUCAGUUCAACAAGGAGGAGAUCGACCGCGAGUUCCAGAGCAAGCUGAAGCUCAAAGACGAGAAGAGCGAGAAGUCGGAGAAGGCGCUGAACGGGGAGGACAAGGGCGACUCUGGUGUGGAGACUCAGAACAGCGAAGGAAACGCCGAGGACGAGUGCGACCCGCUGGGACCCAACUGCUACUACGACAAGUCCAAGUCCUUCUUCGACAACAUCUCCUGUGACGACACCAGGAAAGCCAAUGACAAGUCUGGAGGCUCAGCGUUCCCCAGGGAGCGUCGGCAGACCUGGGCCGAGGAGAGGAGGAUGAACGCCGAGACGUUCGGCAUCCCGCUGCGUCAGAGCCGCGGUCGCGGCGGUUACCGUGGCCGCGGGGGUAUGUUCCGGGGGGGGCGGGGCCGUCCGGCCAGCCGAGGGUCCUUCGGGCCGCCGCAGGGGGGCGGAGCCUACCGGGGCGGAUACAGAGGAAACCAGGCGGGAAGAGAGUUCGCCGACCUGUCGGCAUACAGGGACAACAAAGUGGCUGCGUAGCUCCAUCGGCAGGAAGAUUCUCCGUAAAGGUGGAACUUCUUCACGCUUCAGUGGAAAACAAAUAGUUCUGGUUGCUAUUUUGUUGACUAAAUAAUGAAGAUUGUCUACUAGUUGUAUAUUUGUCACCAGCACUGGGGUAGACUGCUUGAAUGCAACUUAACUUUCCAUAUCUGUCAGCGACGGAACCACCACGACGACAACGUUUAUCAGAAACCCUCUCAGUAAAGUCCAGGUGGCUGAGUGUUGUGUGUAAAUGUGAGGAGGCUGUUUGUCAGCGAUUCUCUGCUCGAGUCUUUCCUGAACCGUCUGUGUGCGGCCGGCGGUCCGCAGACGUAGCUUUAUCUGGGUAGGUUUCUCCUCUCGUGUUCCUUCAGCACCAACAGGCUCUGCUCACCUUUCUAACAUGUAUUUUUCUACCGCCGGUCGUCGGCCGUCUCUCCUCUCCUCUCCUCGGUUUCUUCUGUUGUAGUCGGUGUUUGACGUUCGUGUCGCUGAUCUCAGACCUGCUGCUGGAGCUCAGACUCCCGUCGCUUUAUUUUCCUCUUAUUCUCCGCUUAUUUUUCUGUGUUUUUCUUGAGCCGCCGGUACGUAGAGACGCUGCAGUUAGCUUCAGUUAAGUAGAGCUGCAGCUUGAUCUGCACAGACCAGAACCAGAACCUGCAUCUACAGCUUCUGUCUCCAGCCGGCGGGCGGACGGAGACGAGUUUCCUCUUCAUGUGUUCACUCGCCGUCAUAACUCAGGUCAGGUUCAAUGAAAUAUAAAGUAGGAUUCAGGAAAGACGGGAGCGCCCCCAGCGUCUAGAGGAACUUCACUGAUUUGUCUUUUCAUCAAUAAACGCACAGAAAGAAACUCGCAGCACAUUUCACUUUGUUUUAAAUCUUCCAUAAGUGAAUAAUAUUAAAUCACCAAAACAAAGUCAGGACUCAUUUUAUCAGUGUUUUCUUCUCAUGUCUUCGUUUGCUGUCGUGAUUCAGUGUGAAGCAGUUAAAUGGGAUUAAACUGGAUCUAAGAGAGACGGGCCAGAAUCAUGCAUCAGACGUUCUACACCUUCCUUCAGUUAACGUCUGGUCAAUAUGAACUUAUUUAAUUAAAUCAUGCAACAAAGAGAAACAUUUUACUGGCAUUUUCUUUUUCUGCGUUUCCUGUCAGUCUGCUGAACAUGAAGGCCCAACAAGAGACACCUAAACCCGUCCGUUGGUCCGCGAUGACGCCGUAAUGCUCUGAAGUCACACCACUUCAUGCUUCGCUUUAUUUCAGGCAUUUAAAUGUUCCACAGGUUCAAAUGUGGACGGCGUGAAAUGCUUGAAUUAAAGCAAAUCAUGGAAAGAAAACCAUCAGUUUGCCGUCAGAAUUCACUGAAACUCAGACGAUAUGAAUCUAAGUAACAGAAGUGACCCAAACGGAAACCUGGACUCGCCAGACGCACCAACAGACUUCAUGAAACGGUUUCAGGCGUUUCAGACGCUCCGUAGACCAAACGCAUCAGAUUCACAAAGACCUAAACUCAAAGUGACGACGGCUUUAUCAUCUCCAUUAGUGGUCGUGUUCAGAGACAAACUGGAGAUAAAGUUGGAUGUCAGAGACAGCAGCUGGACAGAGGAACCCUGGUUCUGUUCUGAUGAGCUGUGACCCGGUGGAACACAUUAAAGGGAAACCACGUGUCUGCGUCGAGUCCUCCGGCGCUGAAGGCGUCGCACUCCUCUCACCUGUUAUUCCACUUCUUCUUCUUCUUCUUCUUCUUCUUCAGUCGUACACGUUGUUCAUGAGACACUAAUACUCGUCUGAUUAGCUUCUGGGUUCAUCCUGUUACAGCCUGAAGCCACUGGCGGCGCUCAAGAGCUCCACUGUAGCAGCGUUUAGCAAUACGAGGCUCCGGUUCUGAUCCGACCGGCCGGCCGGCAUGUAAAGAGUUGCACUGUUUCCUGUUGGUCGUCCUGAGGUUGUUUUGGGCUGAAAGCGGUUCAGACCCGAGUCACAAACACACGGCUGACUGCAGCGACACUAAAAGAACCGAGUCCACAUUCGGGUCACUUUGUACCAGAACUUGUUUCCUUUGUCUUCUUCCUCAGUGGGGUGACCUUUCUGGGUUUAUUGAGUAAAUCUGAGUCUGUCUCGGGACCGUUUCCACGUUGGUCGGGCUGACUCGGGUCUGAACGUCUGCUUCACGGCUGUGACUCCAGAUGAUCGGUCUGGGCCUGACAUGCAAAGUUACCUUUAAAGUCCUCGAUGUGCUCAGGAACCAGAGAAAGAUCACUUGUUCUGAUUCGCCUUAAAGCUGACGGCGAAGCUUCAGAUCAGAGAACCGGACCGGAGGCGGUUCUGUCCGGCGUCGCUUCUUCUUCAACUGAACUCAGCGUGUUUCUCUGUUGUACUAAAACUUCUUUGCAUUCAGGCACCAAAAACUUUUGUUUAAAGAAAAGCUGUGACACCAGAAGAACCGACGGCUGCAGCUCAGACAGAAGCCGGUCUAACUGGGACUCAUCGGGCCAUUAAACAAAACCGGGUCAGAUAAAAACACUAAAGUGGUUCUGUCAGUUUCCUCAUUUCAGCUUCUUUGAUUUCAACCUGAUCAAGUUUCCAUCCGUCAUCACAUCCUUCAGGAAGUCGGUCAGUCUGGAAACUGAACUCAUGAAUAGUUCAAACUGGAUUCAUGUUCAGGUGGAUUUAGGUUCAUCUGGGCUUCAGGUCCAGACAUUUCCUUCAGUCUGCUUCUGUCUGAGACGCCUCAGCUCUUCUUGGUGGUCAAGUCCAGGACAGAAACCAGCUUUCAGUUUGUAUUUUGGGAACAUUUCAGCUGUAAACUCAGCAGUCCGACGUAAUUGGAGGAAUGAAUGAGAAGGUUUUGGUGAGUGAAGCAGAGCUGGAUCCUCUGACGGGCUGCUGUUAGCACCAGAACCACUGAUUACAGUCAGACAUGAAGCGUUAAAGCUGCUGGCAGGUGGAGUUUGGUACCUUUGGUUUGCUGUUUCACCUGUUUCUAGUGCUAAUGCUAAGCUAACAGCUGUAGCUUCAUGUUUCAGUGUAAAGAGACGAGUUGAAGCGAAUGUUGAACUGUUCCUUUAAUGCUCCUUAUUCUGGUGCGUUCAGCAGCUCACGGCGCCUCCAACAGCUCCGCUCGCUGCACAGCCUCAUUUGUUUCCCACAUUGUGGUGAACGUUUGUAGCUGAGAACCACAGAGAGUCUGACGGAUCCUGGAUAUGUAAAGAAUCAGGAAAGUUCUGACUGGUGUUGUUCCUCCAACACAACCUGGUGCUCGUCGGCCAGUCGCUGCUGAGUUGGGAGAAUAAAACAAAAGUUUUUGGUAGAAGACUGUUGAUGCAGCUCUCUGGAGUCUCAGCCACCAGUUUGUCUUUGACCCCAGCAGGGCUCGAUGGGCUUUUUAUUAAGAGCAAAUAAUAAACAGUUGUUCAGUA